GCUCUGCUGCGGUGAGGUCUGUGUGCGGCCUUCGACGCCAGGCACAGGCAGCACCGCUGACCGGGACCUCAUGAACCGCUUCUAAUGCCCUGUGGCGCGGGAUUAAAUAACGGUAACGGCGCGCGGUCCCUCAGAACGCCGCCAAGGCGCAGCCGCGGCUGCCUAUUCGGCCACACGGCUCCUGGAACGCUCCACCGCGCCCGUCCCGCUGCCGCCGCUCCCGGGCGCCGCGGGGCGGCCUGGCCCCUCACAGCACACCCGCUGAGCGCCGCCGCGCCUGCCCGUGCCCCGCAGCCCCGCCCCCGCCGCGCCUCGGCCCUUCCCGCUCGCCGUAGCGCCGCGCGGGGCCGUCGCCAGCAUGGCGGCCAAGGUGGCAAAGCUGGCAGCUGUGUCUUCUAGUCUGCCAUUUGCAUGUUUUAUUGUGCAUGCAGCAACAGAAAAGGAAUCAAAAGGUCAGCUGGUGAAGCCAAAUCAGCUUCCAAUUUACUCUCCACCACCUCUGAAAUCAAAAUACAUUGAAGAGCAGCCUGGUCACUUGCAGAAGCAAUUUUCUUCAAUAAGACAGAUAACUGGCCACUAUAUUGGAUGGUGCAAGAAUGCUUUUGUCUUUGUUAAGAAUGGAAUAAUGGAUUCGAUUCAGUUUGGAAAAGAUGCUUAUGUUUACCUGAGGAAUCCACCGCCUGAAUUUCUUCCCAAAGUCGGUGUAAUUACAAUAUCAGGCUUAGCUGGCGUAGUGCUGGCAAGAAAAGAUUCUAGAUUUAAGAAAAUUGCUUAUCCAUUGGGACUUACUACUUUGGGAGUUUCUGUUUGUUACCCAGCGCAGUCAGUCGUAAUUGCUAAGGUAGCAGGGAAGAAGUUAUUUUCUGCAAGCCACCAGACCUAUGAAGCUGUGAGGUCACUGUGGGCAAAAAAGGAAGAUGUCACCAAGCUGCAGCAAGAGUCAAAAUCAGUUACACGAGAAGAUAAGAAAAAGAAAGAGAUUUCUAGUACAAAUCCUGACUCUGCUAUUGCAUCAAGAUCAUUCAACAGAACAGAGUCUUCUCCAGUAGAGUCUUGGAGUAGUCAAGAUCCAGUGCCUUCAUCAGGAGCAGUGAAGAAACCAAAAUUUAAGCCUGAUCCAAAACUUAUGGACCAUGGUCAGUCCAGCCCAGAAGAUGUGGAUAUGUACAGUACUAGAAGCUAAGAGAAAUCUACCUACAAGUCUUUGCAAAGUAUUACAGAUAGGGGAAAGGGAAGAAGGGAAGAAAUAAUCCUUAUAAUAUAUACUCUGUGAGAUAUAAUUUAAUCAGGUAUUUUCUUAUAACCUAAUUUGUAUUAUUGACUUACAUUAUUCUGUUUAGUGAAUAUUUUGUUCCUCACUACUUACAAGCUGUGGGAAUUCACUCAUUUUCAAUGUCAUUAGUGAGACACUGAGAAAAUGAGAUUUGUCAAUGUCUUCUCACAAUGAGGUUUGUCCAUGCCAAGCUUGUUAAUAAAUGUUGCUUCACAAAGGAUGUUUGAAAAUGUCAACACAUCUUUAUACUUUGGCUCAGAUAUUCAUUGAUCUGAAAGAAGAGUGAUGGAUGGAGUUUGCAGAGGCUUCAUUGUCUUUUUUUUUCUUUCAGCUCUGAAAUGAAGUGCAGCUUACAGGACUGAGUAUCUUUAAAGUCAGUUGUUAUACAAAUAGCAUCAUCUUUUAUUGCUUGUAUAAACAAAGCACUUUCUGGUUUUCAUUGCAAAUUUGUUAUCUGCCGCUUUCAGGAAGGUGAAUGGAAACAGCUUCUUGUCCUGCGUGCUUCUUGUGUAUUUACAUGUACUUCAGUUUUUCCCAACUAAUCUCUAAAAACAUCCAUUAAUUUCAUCUACUUUUGUAUGCAAAUUGCUUAAUCGAUGAAACUGAUACUGUUUGAAUUCACACAGAAUGCCUUAGCCGUGUUUAGGAAGUUGGAAAUGUAGUUUUGAGGUUCAAAGUGCUGACAAAUAUUAAAAGUACAGAAGCAAUGGGCAGGCAACUUUUUCUUCCCAGAAGUUCAUAUCCAAUAGUCACUGGUCUUGGUAGGAUUUCGGUGAAAUACUUUUUUCUGUAGGAAUGAAAUUAGAAAUUGAUUGUUUCCUGGAUGAAGCUUUCAAACACUGCCUUUAUCAUUGCAUGUAUCACACUACUCCUGUUCAUCAUUUCCCUUCAUUGUAAGGGUUGGAAUAGAUCUGAUGGUCUUGAAUGAGAAGGCAACUCAUUAUCAGUUCCUGCUGAUAAUCAGCCCACUGCCUAGAGGUAAUCUCAUCUGUAUCUACUGUGGCACUUCCCUAAUAUAUAAACUGCAAAAAGCUACUGUGCUGGUAGUUUGUCCUUCGAUCUGUUGAAUUCUUUCACCUUUCAAUUAAUGAAAAUGUGUGCUUUGUCAUCAAGGUGAGGAGGGAAGUAAGGACAAACUGGUUGGAAAAGUUAUACCUGAAAAUAAAUUCUGCUGCAUAUGAAUCUGUUCUCAGCACUGAGAUAUGAAGGAUUAUUUGCUCCUAGUCUCCAUAAGAAGAGAUCUUGCAACCUCAUUCCUUCUAAGGCUGCUAAGGCAAAAGGAAAUAACUAGUGAAAUACAGGUAAACAGUAUUCCUAGUGUCAUUGUGGGACUGGGAGUAGUUGUGAGGAGGCAGUGCACCAUAGAAUGUGCACAAGGCACAAAUGAUGAAUGAGCAAAAGAAUGAGGCUUUUAUGAUGGUUCAGAAACAGAUAAGUAUUGAUAUUUCGGAAUCUAAAUAUCAGGCAAAGUGUUGGACUUUUUUAGAGUCCAGCCUUUAGAAAGGUGAAGUCAGGAAAUGUGAAGUCUAAAGAAGAAUUCUAGUAGUUAAACUUGCUUGGGACAGAUGAAUUGGAAUUUCAUGUGGUUUGUUUCUUUAAUCAUCUUUUAAGGCCCAGGAAACAGUCAGAAUUCAGGCAGCAAUCAGAGGAUAUUAGUUCAGUCUUCACAGAGCUCCUGGGCAAGACACACUUAGUGAUCCAUCACAGAGAGAUGAGUAGAAGAAUUAGAUGACUGGGCUUCAUAUACCAUUUCCAAGGAAACAGUUGAAGACAUAAGGCAGGAAGUGAAAAUGUUUGUGAAGAAAAUAUCGUUUUCAGGCGCAAGACUGGAUAGGAGAAAUUGACUGGGAAAAAAAUGAUCCAUCUCUCUUUGAUCAGAUUCUGGAUAAAAAACACAGGAAAAAACAUCUGCUCUGCUCCCAGAUUCUGUUUAAAUUCCAGCAUGUCCUUUGAUAUGCUACCAGAGGAAGUCAGACAGCAAGGUAAGGUGAUGCAGGUUUGCAUGGAUUUUGUAGGUGUUUACUGUGGGGAUAUUUUUCAGUACAUGGUGGAAAACUAUGCACAGGAAUUAGUCUUCUUGGAGCAGGGAGAGAAGUUAUCUUGGAUAGCUGCUGAGGAACAAGUAUGUCUGCCCUUUCCAGGCAGGAGUGGGCCUUACAAAACUGCUCUCUACCUGCAAUGCCAAAAGAUAGUCUGGCCCUAUUUUAAGGGCAUGACGACUCAAAUCUCAUGAUAAAAAUGAAAAUGUGUGGUCUGAAAAAGGUAUAUCAGACUCCUUGGAGAUUAGACCAUCAAGAAUUGGAUGUUUCAUCCAAGCAGUGUGUAUUACAACCCCUGAUUUUACAAGAAGUUCAUGCUGUAAAUGGACAUGAUACACAAAGCUGUCUUUAGGCUGUAUUUCAGUCUCAGACCACUCAGAAUUGUAAUAGAACUACACCUUAGAGUGAAAUCAUCAUUCAGAAGAUUGAAAUACAUUUUCUGGGACUUAAUUAUUGCUCCUGCCCACUUUGACAAAUGAACAGCAUGAGCAAUACAGAUCUAGAGCUCAUAAAAUUGCAUGCUGUGUCACCAGCUCUUGGUGGACAAGAGGAAUGAGCCUGAACAGGCUUACUCCAGUACAAGGUUUGCCUACUACUGCCACUUUUUAGUUUAGUUUUUCUGUUGGUUGAGAUUUCUCUUGUAGAGCAAUGAGGAAAUUGUUUGUUUGUUUUCUAUUGACACUUUUUGUUUAAUAUCCUCACAUAGUUGAAAAGCUGGGACUAAAAUUAGGGGCUUGAGUUUUGGCACUGAGACAGCUGUAGCUCAACAUGACUGUUUCCUUAUCUGCAGCCAAAGAAAAUGGGACAAAAAAAGUAUGAAAAGUUUUGUGUCCCAUCUGGGUGUGUUCUGUGUUUUUGGGAAGACCGUAACUAAUCUGUCAGUUGGUAUUUGUCUGUCUGUCCUGAAGCAUAGAUUUAUUAGUAAUGGGAAAGAUUUUUUUUACUAAAACUCGGAAUAUGAUAUAAUAGUUCAUUGCUAACAUAAACCUGUAUUAGUCAUUGUCCACCCAUGUGAGACACAUCAUGAGAGAAUUUUCUAAAGGUACCAAAAAAUAGUCGGGUUAUAGAGAAAUUUGGAAUGUAUUUGCUGAAAUCAAGGCUGUCCAAGUCGGGUUACUAAUUGCUGUAAAAAUAUUGGGAUGGUGACUGAAUCUGUGUUACUCAGCUGCCAUUCUAUGAAGUGGUUCUCUGUCAAAUCUUAAAAAGGUGCCUGCUGUCUCUUCAGGCAGCUGAACCUCCGUGUUUGCUGUGAUACUCUACAAAUGUCUUGUUCCAGGUAACUGCAAGGAACUGUAGCCACAUGCCUGUAUUAAUAAUUUAUGGUAAAGGUGCUACGUAAUGGCUUUUACAAAACAAAUUCAAAUGUAUGUUAUUCUAUGCUUUUGAGUCCUCAUUAUAAAUACACGUGCCUGACGUGAUCUCUUUAACUCAGACCCAGUGUGCAACCCUGUUAAGCACUGGAAAGGUAACUAAUGUACAUAGCAAAAAUUGCAUUGCCAGACAUGGUUUUACUAAUUUAUAGUGAAACACUUGGAAAUGCCUCUCAAAUGUAUCAUUAGUAGGUCACUUAAAGGUUUUUUCAUAAUGCAAUAAUACAGUAAGACAAAGAAUGUGUGCUACCAUUUUUAUAUGAUGUAAGUUAUGUAUUUGUGAAAAAUACAAUGUCUUAAAGAACUGGGUCAUGUGAUAUUUUAUAAUAUAGAAAUAGUGUUAUCUGAAUGCAUGUUUUUAUUUAUGAUUGAUUGUAUUGGGUAUAUUGAAAUCUGGAACAUGUUGAUAACAAUUUUUUAUUUACAUGAAACUGAUUCUGAUACUUUAUUUUGUCAUAUUGUCUGAAGCACCUGAAA